AAAUCUUGCUUCGGGAAGGCUCCAACCUUUCCCUCUCAGAUCUGUAGGAAACUUGCUUCAGGAAGGCUCAAACCAUGUGAAAUCAACCCUUACUAUUUCAGAAAUACUGGAUACAAGACACUUGAGGAAAUUAUAAAUAUUUAACCUUACUCAAAAUGUGCAAAGCAGAAUAAUGGAAGCCCCUGAAUACCUUGAUUUGGAUGAAAUUGACUUCAGCGAUGAUAUAUCUUAUUCAGUCACAUCACUCAAGACUAUCCCGGAACUGUGCCGAAGAUGUGACUCCCAGAACGAAGACAGAGCAGCAGUUUCUAGCUCUGGCUGGAAUUGUGGCAUCUCAGCUCUCAUUACAAACACACAGAAGCCCACGGGAAUUGCUGAUGUAUACAGUAAGUUUCGCCCAGUGAAACGGGUUUCCCCCCUGAAGCAUCAGCCAGAGACUCUGGAGAAUAAUGAAAGUGAUGAGCAAAAGAACCGUAAGGUGGAGCACCAGAAAGGGGGUGAGUCUGACCAGGGCCCCCAGGCCGAGGAGUUUGGCCCGGAACACGGAGGGGGCAGCGUGCCAGGGAAGAGCUCUGAGCCCCUUGCUGCUCUGGGCGAGCUGGAACAUUAUGACCUCGACAUGGAUGAGAUUCUGGAUGUGCCUUACAUUAAAUCCAGUCAACAGCUUGCCUCUUUUACCAAGGUAACUUCAGAGAAAAGAAUUUUGGGUUUAUGCACAACCCUCAAUGGCCUUUCUGUCAAAGCCUGCUCUCCAGGAAGCACUGAGAACCCUCCUUCCAGCCUGACACCCUUUUGUGUUCUUUCUCCUGUGAAAAGCCCUCACUUGAGAAAAGCAUCAGCUGUCCUCCGGGACUCACACAAGCUGUCCACUGAAGAGUCUGAGAGUUCACCUCCUCCUGUUAAGUGUGGCUCUGCGUACGAGCCUGAAAACCACAAUAAAGACUUCCUAAGCAAGGCCUUUGGUGAUCCACAUAACCGAAAAGUCGAGAAGACAGCACCUGACUGCCACCUCAAGACCUUCCACACACAGUCCUCAACCACAGAGUCCACACUGGGGGAGCAGGUCAAUGGCAUGGUCUGGACCAGCUCUCAAGGCCCGGAAGAAAAGAAUGAGUAUUUGAAAAAAGUAAAAAGCAUUUUGAACAUCGUUAAAGAAGGACAGAUAUCUCUCUUGCCACACCUAGCUGCAGACAAUCUAGACAAAAUUCAUGAUGAAAAUGGAAACAACCUGCUGCACAUCGCCGCAUCACAAGGGCACGCAGAGUGUCUGCAGCACCUCACCUCUCUGAUGGGGGAGGACUGUCUCAACGAGCGCAACGCAGAGAAGCUGACCCCAGCAGGCCUGGCCAUCAAGAAUGGCCAGUUGGAGUGUGUGCGGUGGAUGGUGAGUGAAACUGAAGCCAUUGCAGAACUGAGUUGUUCUAAGGAUUUCCCAAGCCUUAUUCAUUACGCAGGUUGCUAUGGCCAGGAAAAGAUUCUUUUGUGGCUUCUUCAGUUCAUGCAAGAACAAGGCAUCUCCCUGGAUGAAGUAGACCAAGAUGGCAACAGUGCUGUGCAUGUAGCCUCACAGCAGGGGUACCUCGGGUGCAUACAGACCUUGGUUGAGUAUGGAGCGAACGUCACCAUGCAGAACCAUGUGGGGGAGAAGCCCUCCCAGAGCGCAGAGCGGCACGGGCACACCCUGUGCUCGCGGUACCUGGUGGUGGUGGAGACCUGCAUGUCCCUGGCCUCACAGGUGGUGAAGCUGACCAAGCAGCUGAAGGAACAGACUAUGGAGCGGGUGAUGCUACAGAACCAACUCCAGCAACUCCUAGAGGCCCAGAAAUCUGAGGGAAAGUCACUACCUUCUUCACCCAGUUCACCUUCUUCACCAGCUUCCAGAAAGUCUCACUGGAGAGUUCCAGAUGCAAGUGAUGAGUCUGUAGCCAAAAGCAAACCAGGAGUCCAAGAAGGGAUCCAAGUUCUUGGAAGCCUGUCAGCCUCCAGCCGGGUCAGAGCCAAAGCAAAAGAUGAAGAUUCUGAUAAAAUUUUACGCCAGUUAUUGGGAAAAGAAAUCUCAGAGAAUGUCUGCACCCAGGAGAAGCUGACUUUGGAAUUCCAGGAUGCUCAGGCAUGUUCUAGAAAUUCGAAAAAGAUCCCUCUGGAGAAGAGGGAAUUGAAGUUAGCCAGGCUGAGGCAGCUGAUGCAGAGGUCGCUGAGUGAGUCUGACACUGACUCCAACAACUCCGAGGACCCCAAGCACACACCAGUGAGAAAGGCUGACCGGCCCCGGCCGCAGCCCAUCGUGGAGAGCCUGGAGAACAUGGACAACACAGAAAGCUUACAUCUGAUGAUAAAGAAACACUCCUUGGCAUCAGGACGUAGGUUUCCGUUUAGUACCAAGGCCUCCAAAUCCCUGGAUGGCCAUAGCCCAUCUCCCACCUCAGAGAGCAGUGAGCCAGACUUGGAAUCCCAGUGUCCAGGCUCAGGGAACACUCCUCCAAGCCAGCCCUCUGGAGACCCCAUGCAGUUCAGCCCUGACAGCACCGCUGCCCAGAAAGUUGCCACAAGUCCCAAGAGUGCCCUCAAGUCCCCAUCUUCCAAGCGCCGGACAUCUCAGAACUUGAAACUUAGAGUUACCUUUGAGGAGCCGGUGGUGCAGAUGGAACAAAGCAGCCCUGAACUAAAUGGAGACAAGGACAAAGGCAGGACCCUCCCACGGAGCUCCACAAGUAGCGAACCUGGGGAACCACUGAAAAGACCUUUCGGAACCUUCCGGUCCAUCAUGGAAACACUAAGCGGCAACCAGAACAAUAACAACAACUACCCAGCAGCCAGCCAGCCAAAGACUUCCACGCUGCCCUUGACCGCACUUGGAAAGAAGCUGGUGGACACCAAGGGAAAUCCCACCAGCUCUGCUAGCAAAGGAAAGAAUAAGGCCGAGAUGUACAGCAGCUGCAUCAGUCUUACCUCUAACACGCUGGUUGAAGAGCAUCUGCAUAAUUAUGCACGGCAUAAUGACAUCAAUAGAAAAAUGAAGAAACCCUACAGCAUAAAGCACAUUGCUGAGCCACAGUCAAAAGAACUGUUUUUGUAAAUCACUUUGUAAUAUCUCUCACUGAUGCCCUUGGACACCAUUGGAAAUUACUGGACUAUCUUCUGUGGAAGCAAAAUGAUGAAAAUAAUGCCUCACCAGCAGAUGAACAGAGUAUCAGGAUGCCUUAAAUUUAUAGGGUUAGACUAGAUGAUACGUUUUGGGGUGAUAUUUGUAUGUAUAACUUGUUUUUUUAAAGGUGCUGUUUAAAAGCAUGGUUGGGCAAAUGUAUGUUUGAUUCAACCUACUCACCAGACCUUCCCCAAUCCACUGACACUAUAUUGUAUUUCAUGGAUUGCAUGGUAUUUGCUAAUGUUGGUUCAACUUCUUUAACUCAGCUCCUCAGUGAGACCAGGUCAGUGGUAUUGUUUUCUGUCAAGUGUUUUUUCUGUCAUUUCUACUUUUUGUAUAAAAGAAAUAAAACAAUGUUAAUAGCCACC